GUCGCAUUCAUUCCUAGUACAACUGAUCAUUAGGUCACUCAGGGCAAAUAUUGGAUUUUAUUUCCUUCGGGUCCGCUGUCGGCCACACAAGCCGGACAAUUGGUAAUCUUACUUCAAAUAUUCCAGACAAGACAGCUGUUAUAAUGCCGUCAGGUGUCUAUGAUCACAAUGAUGGACCCUGCAAGACUGUGGAUGGCUCUAUGCCUACAUUUAGACCGCCGUCAAUGACUUGGCCACGACCUGUCGUAUCUCUUACCAAGUAACCCCUUUAGAAGGAGGUUGCACAGCACUCUUGCAGGGUCAUAAUCAACAUUGUCCUUAUAAAUCUGAAUACCUGCAUCUCCUGUGCAUAACACAUUACUUAUCCACCAUUUUCUUCGAUAGCGACUAUGGUGCAGGACGAAUUCCGCAAUGAUGUCAUGACGGACGAGAAGUCAGACGUUCUGGAAGAGCUGGGACGCAGACAGUCUCCUGAUUGCCCAACACUGUAUUCAGAUUCUGGCCCUCCGGAUGGCGGGCGUCAAGCAUGGGCAACUGCUUUUGGAUCAUACUUAAACUCUUUUGGAGUCUACCAAGUCAGCGUUAGAUGGAUUGGCGCAUUGGGCUUCUUCCUAACCGCCAGUGUCACCUUGAUCUCUGGUCGACUAUACGACAGAGGGUGCUUCUACCAUUUGGUGAUCGUGGGCUCGUUGCUCCAAUCUCUGUCCCUGUUUGCGUUAUCCUUCGCUAAGCCUGGUCAAUUCUACAUGAUCUUUGUACUUCAGGGUGUCCUUAGCGGGCUGGGGGUGGGUCUAACGUUUGGUCCCUCCAUGGCGGUCAUCUCUCAGCACUUCUCGAAAAGACGCACGUUGGUGAUGGCUCUUGUCGCGGCCGGUUCACCGCUGGGUGGCAUUAAUCAUUCGAUCAUGUUGAAUUGCCUUUUGAAUGGUACUGUUGGAUUUGCGGGAGGUGUCCGUGCCAGUGCAGGUUUGGUUAGUGCCCUGUUAUUGAUCGCCUGCUUGUCCAUGCGUACGAGGGCACUGUCGACCCCGACUACCAGUUUUAGUAAAGUGGCCCGAAAAUGCUCUCGCGAAGUCCCCUUCAUCCUCAUGACCGCUGGUACCACGCUGUCUCAGAUAGGUUUUUUCUUCCCUACAUACUACUUACAACUGGACUCUAUCAAACAUGGGAUCGACAUACAAUUCUCGUUCUACUUGAUUGCGAUCUUGAACGCUGCCAGUGCCGUUGGACGUUGCACAGCAGGAAUAAUUGCAGGGUACACGGGAUUGUUGAACUUGACAAUCGCAUCUGUUACUGCAUGCAGCGUCAUCAUCUUGUCUAUGAUAGCUCUGAAUAACAUAUUCGGUGCGGUUGCGAUAGGCAUUGCAUAUGGCUACGUUGCUGGAACUUACAUCUCGCUGUUGGUCCCACUGGUGGCUAUUUUGACGCCCGACUUGUCGGAGCUAGGGGCGCGGAUGGGCAUAUGUUUUACUUUCACCGCAUUUGGUGCAUUACUCAGUGGCCCAUUAGCAGGCGCUUUACUUUCAUCUCAAUAUAGAUGGCUGAUACCGUCGCUCUUCAGUGGGUUUGGUGUUAGUGGUAAUGCGCUUGAUAAUACACCGGGAAAGAUAACCCAUAACCUGGCGCGGAACAAGGCGAACUAUUUGUUUCACGAGUGA